GAGCAAAGAAUCCGUCUUGUCCCUUUGCCCCGCGGUUGUGCCAUCCCGUGAUGCCCCGCCUACCUCUGCCACAGUGGAGUAUACUAGUAGUACUGAGCAGAGUAGAGUACUAGACGACACUAAGCAUAUGAUUCCCUCCCUUGACAAACCCCCAAAACUAGAAAAGCUUUUUCAAGCUGUUCCAUUCACUUCACUUGCAUGCACUCAUCUCAUUAUCAUCAUUCAAAGGUGAGGUGAGGUGAGAUUUCUUGCACUUUCUCUAGGCCAUAUAUAGUUAUAAUAUAUGGUUAAUUUCUAUUGCCAGUUCUUCAUGCGGACAUACUGUGGUUAAUUCCUCUUGCCACUUCUUCAAGAAAGGAAUGCAAAUCUGGUGAUGUUUCUCGAGGGAGAGCAUCUUGUUCUUGCUUGCUUUGCGGUGUCAAGGACGGACCACUGGUUAUCCAUCAGUCGGCCCAGAUCCCUGUGCCUCUGCGGACUGCACAAUGUUUUUCUGGUGACCAGUACCUAUCUCCAUUAACUGUACAAGCUCCUCUCACAUUAACUUUUCUGAGCUCUCAAACUCAGACUUUUCCUCCCAGUCCCUGUGUGGCUGUGUCCAACAACUUUAUUUGCUAAUCGCUUCUGCUCCUGCACUAGAAUUAGAAUCCCACAAUCACAAUUCUUGGUUCCUCAACUUGUUGAUCGAGGAAAAGAAGAAGCUGAAAGAAAUCUUGUAAAAAAAAUGGGUGGAAUCCAUGCUCUGCUCAUCUUGCUGUCGGUGGCGUCCCUGGCAUUGCUGCCGGGAGCCACGCCGCUGCAGGCCUCACAGGCCUGGUCCCUCUUCAAGCUCCGGCAGCUCCUGGGCGACCCGCCGGUGCUCGGCACCUGGCACAACUACACCGACUUCUGCUACGGCGGCGACUACAAGACCGCCUCCGCCUUGGUGGAGUGCUACGAGGACAGCGUCACGCAGCUCCACAUCAUGGGCGACCCCGGCGCGCGGGGUCGCCCGCUCCCCGCCACCUUCUCCAUCGACGCCUUCUUCACCACGCUGUCCAGGCUGCCGGACCUCAAGGUGCUCACGCUCACCAACCUCGGUCUCUGGGGCCCACUGCCGGGGGGGAAGAUCUCCCGCCUCCAGAAGCUGGAGAUCGUCAACGUCAGCUCCAACUACCUCUACGGCGAGCUCCCGCGGGGGCUCUCCCGGCUGGGCAGCCUCCAGACGCUGGUGGCGGACCACAACAUGCUGGGAGGCAAGCUGCCGGGGUGGCUCAAGGACAUGCCGCUGCUGGCGGUCCUCAGCCUCCGGAACAACACGCUGCAGGGGACGCUGCCGGAGUCGCUCAAGGACAUGCCGUCGCUGAGGUCGCUGGUGCUGGCGUCCAACAACCUCUCCGGGAACCUGCCGGACCUGGACCUGAAGAACCUCCAGGUGAUUGACAUGGCCAACAACGCGCUAGGGCCCAAGUUCCCGCGGGUGGGGCGGAAGGUGGCCAGCGUGGUGCUGGCCGGCAACAAGUUCAGCGACGGCCUCCCCGCCGACAUGCUCGCCUCGUGCUACCUCCUGGAGCGGCUGGACGUGUCGGGGAACAGGUUCGUGGGGCCUUUCCCGGCGGCGCUGCUGUCGCUGCCGUCCAUGGAGUACCUGAGCAUCGCCGGGAACAGGUUCACGGGGCGGCUGUCGGGCAACGCCUCCUGCGGCGAGAACCUCCGGUUCGUGGACCUGUCGUCGAACCUCCUGACGGGGAGCCUCCCCGGCUGCCUGGCCGCCUCCUCUGACUCCGGGAAGACGGUGGUGCUCUUCUCGGCGAAUUGCCUUUCCAGCGGCAGCGGCGACGAGUCCCAGUCCCAGCACCCGUCGCCCUUCUGCCGGAACCAGGCAUUGGCCGUCGGGAUCGUGCCUGAGCAGGAGCAGGGAGGCAAGAAGAAGAGUGGCGGCAAGGCCGGUGUGGUGGCCGGCAUUGUCCUUGUGGGAGCAUUGGUUGUGAGCGCGGCGGUGGUGUUUGUGGUGAGGAAGGCGAGGUUGCCCAAGGCGAGGCCUGCACGGAGACUGGUGGAGCACGCGUCGAGCGCUUACCCUUCGAAUUUGCUGGCCGACGCGCGUUACAUAUCUCAGACGGUGAAGCUGGGGGCUCUUGGCAUUCCGGCAUACAGAUCAUUCUCCUUGGUGGAGCUGGAGGCGGCCACCGAUAACUUUCAGGUGUCUAGCCUCAUGGGUCAAGAUGCUCAUGGCCAGGUUGAUGGUCAGAUGUACCGUGGACGGCUAAGCAAUGGGACCCCGGUGACAAUCAGGUCCCUCAAGGUGAACAAGAGCCAGAGCUUCACCCGCCACAUCGAGAUGAUAUCCAAGCUGAGGCAUCGGCACCUGGUGAGCGCGCUGGGGCACUGCUUCCAGUACAACCUCGACGAUUCCACCGUCACGCACCUCUACCUCGUCUUCGAAUACGUGCACAAUGGCAACCUCAGGGGCAGGAUUUCACAAGGAACGCAAGGGCGGAGGCUGUCGUGGGGCCAAAGAAUAUCGACCACCAUUGGUGUGGCCAAGGGCAUUCAGUUCCUGCAUGGAGGGAUCAUACCAGGCCUGUUUGCGAAUAACCUCAAGAUCACCAACAUUCUUAUGGACCAGAAUCAGGUCCCCAAAAUCGGCAGCUACAACAUCCCCAUUCUGUCAGAGACCAUGAAAUCAGAGGGAGGAGCUGGAAGCAAGUAUCCACCGGAUAGAAUUUGCAGGGUUCCCAACGGUGAUAAGAUUGACAUGUACGAUUUUGGUGUGAUACUGCUGGAGGUUAUCUCCGGCAGGCCCAUCAGUUCCAUAUACGAGGUGGAGAUCAUGAAAGAACAGUUGCAAUCGGCGCUGACAGCACAAGGACCGAGCAAGAGGAGCAACUUUGUGGACCCGGCGGUGAGCAAGGGCUGCUCCGACGACUCCAUGAGGACCGUCAUGGAGAUCUGCCUCCGCUGCCUUGCCAAGGAGCCAACGCAGAGGCCCUCAGUGGAGGACGUGCUCUGGAACCUGCAGUUUGCGGCCCAGGUGCAGGAUGACUCCCGCAGCAGCGACGAGUCCCCGCUCUCGCCCUCGCAGCCCCAUGCACAAUCCGCACACGGCUGACCCACCCCACCCCACCCCGCAGCUAGGGCACACAAAAAUACAUCGGCAAGCAUCAUCAUGGAUUCAUGGCUCAAGGCAAGGAUUAGACAUGGUAUUUUCAGGCCAAGUGUACAGCAGCUCAAGCUGGACCCCGUGAUGCGUAUGGUGUACUAGUUCUCACCAAGACGCCACCGGAUAUGAUGAGUUUUCAACUUCUCAAAUUAAGUAGAACGACUUUUUUUUUCUUUUUUCUUUUGAGAAAUCUCCAAUAGAACGACUAGUAACCAUAAUCUCGUUAUGGAUUGGAAUGCACUCCCAUAAAACCAUUAUAUGUUCCCACAGUGUCUUAAAAUUCCACUUUGUCUAGUCUAGAAAUACAAAUUUGUACGGUUUUUGAGAACCGGGUAUUGUAAUGUUCCAAUGCAUAUUAUAUCUAGUAAAAAAUAAUGUUGCUAUCCCCUCCAA